UUUACCUUUUUGUUUUUAAGAAAUAUGCCGGAAUUUGAAAAUUUUAAUUUAAAAACCACAAUUGACUGCAAACAAGGAGCUGUACGGGCUGUGCGCUACAAUGUUGAUGGUUCCUAUUGCUUGAGCUGUGGAUCUGACAAAAAGAUAAAACUCUGGAAUCCGGUUUCGGGAAUACUUCUCAAGACUUAUGGAGGUCAUGCAGACGAAGUUACAGAUGCGGCGGGAAGCUGUGAUAGCAGCUACAUUGUCUCCGCCAGUUUGGAUAAAAGCAUUAUCUAUUGGGAUGUGUCCACAGGAGCCCCCGUUCGUCGGUUGCGUGGCCAUGCCGGCGGAGUUCGGUGCGUCUGCUUCAACGAGGACUCCUCCGUGGCAAUUUCCGGUGGCAGAGACAAUGCCGUAAUGUGCUGGGACAUUCGAACGCGUCGCCUGGAUCCUGUGCAGGUGAUGAAGGAGGCUCGCGAUUGCAUCACUACGGUGGCGACCAACGAGAAUCGGAUUUACGCAGCCUCUUUGGACGGAUGUGUGAGGACCUACGAUAUUCGAGUGGGCGAACUCACCUGCGACAAGGUGGGCGAACCCAUCACCUAUCUGGCGCAGACAAGGGAUGAGCAAUGUCUGGUGGCAGGCUGUCAGGAUAGUGUAGUGCGACUCCUGGACUGCGAGACCGGUGGACUACUCUCCGAGUACAAGGGCCACUGCGGCGACGACUACCACAUUGAGUGCGGAAUACUGGCUAACGAUGCUCACAUCGUCACUGGAUCUAGUAACGGAGAUGCCUUUGUUUACGACCUGCUCGAAACAAAAGUUCUGCAGCGCAUCCGAAUAAGUGAUAAUGGCGGCGUGGUCCACUCCUUGGCCACUCAUCCCAAGCGACAGGAAAUGCUUUUCGCCAGGAGACGGGAUAUGUACGUCUUCUCCACGGAUUUGGAAAUCGAAGAGGAGCAGUUAUAGGUUCUAGUUUCUAUUAAGCCAAGUUCAAGCUAGUGAUAGAUUUAAAAAACUAGAAACUUAACCAUGGUCACGAUUCAGUAGGGGGUUAUGACACCCUUAAAUUUUACAAAAGCUGAAUACUUUUCAUAUUUAUGUUAAAAAAAUUAAAAAUAAAAGCAUAUCCUAAAAAA